AUGCCACGCCAACCUCCACGACGCGCGCCUCCAGCUCCCGCUACACCAUCGUUCGCAGAMCCCCCGCCAGUCAUAGCUCGCCCGCCCGUAGUAACCACACCUGUUUUCGCAACACCCCAGGACUUCCAGCGAGAUGAAGUCUUACCACCUAAUAUGCCUGCAUGGCAAAUACCGCCACCACAACAGCAACAACCGCGGAGGUUCAAUCAGCCCGCACCCACUAUGUCGGAGCCACUAGAGGACAGUGACAUCGAGAAUGAUCCGGUCGACGAUGAUAGGGUGAGGGCGAUUGAUUUCGAUGCAUUGGAUGAUGACGAUGGCGAAGACGAUGAUGAGGAUCUGGACGAUGAACUAGAUGAUGAAGAUGUAGAAGGGGAGGAUGACGAAAAUGAAGAGAUGCACGAACGACGAAAAUCGCCAUCUCCUCUACCUCCCGACCUCCGCGAAAUCUCUUCUCUAGCAUCAUGGACCGUCUCAACACACAAACCUGGCUGCGGCGUCGCAGCCCUCCGCAACCCGUCACCACAACAAUUCUGGCAAUCCGACGGCCCUCAACCACACACUUUGACACUCCACUUUUUCAAAGUCGUGGCUAUAGUCAAGAUCCGCGUAUACCUCGACUUUGAUCUUGAUGAAAGCUAUACGCCUACUAAGAUGAUGUUUUUUGCGGGUAUGGGAGGGAAUGAUCUCGUUCAGUUUGCGACGUGGGAGGAUGAUACGCCGGCCGGGUGGGUCAAUAUUCCUCUUACUGGGGUUGGGGGAAAGAUUAGGAGGAGAAGGAAGAGUCGUUCUAUGGGGAGUAGUAGCAGUCGACGACGGACAGGUAACGAUGGGGAUCUAUACGACGAUUCACUCGAUGAAGAAGGAGAGGAUGACCCAGAUGACCCUUAUGCGGGCAAUGUCCUGAGGGCAAUGGUUGUCCAAGUCCGUGUUUGCGAGAAUCAUCAGAAUGGCAAGGAUACGCAUGUCCGAGGCUUUCAGGUGUUUGCGCACGAUGACGAUCGGCGGCGUAUAGCGGCUGUAAAGGCAACGGCAGGGGCUGCGAAUGCAGGACAGCAGGGACAUAAUCGACGCAAGUCUGUGCAGGGUGAUUCCCAGGAUGGAUUUGGUGGUGCUGAGGAUGAGGAAACUAAGGGUAAACGUCACGGUUUGGAUGAGCCGGAUUGGAUGGGCGAGCCUGUUAUUCGAUAG